GUGGUGCGCUGCAUACCAACACACACGCACACACACACACACACACACGCACACACACACACUCCCACGGAGGAAGCAGCACCCACUAAAACACGUCCAUGUCAAGUUUUGACGCUUUUCUCUUUUUUUUUCUCCUCCCCAAGAACCUUCACCUCAACCGGAGUGAGCACCAAACUGGGACCGCGGACUUGUUGUUUUUAUCUUUGCUGACGUUUUGCCAGCGACACAAACAACGCGUGGACUCCCCCCGCGUGGGAACAGGCGACAGGUGGACCGGGCUGACGUUCGGCUGCGUUCACGUGUAAGAAGAAGAUCCAUUUGGGAAUAAUUACAAGAAGAAGAACUCCGUCAUCCUCACCAUGGGCUGCCCCCUUUUGUGGAACACCUUGGCCGGCUUGGUCCUGGUCCUGGCGGGCAAAGGCUCCGCCGUCCACGGAACGGCAGAAUUUGGGCAGCUGCCGGACAACAUCACAGUUUUAGAAGGAGAGAACGUCACUCUGAGGUGUCACAUCGACGAGGAGGUGACCCACAAGGCGUGGCUGAACCGCUCCAACAUCCUGUUCACGGGCAAGGACAAGUGGUCGCUGGACAAGCGCGUGACGCUGGUGAACAACAACAGCAGCGACUUCUCCAUCCACAUCCACCAGGUGCAAGUGAGCGACGAGGGGCCCUACACCUGCACCUUCCAGGCCAGCAACAAGCUCCGCAUCGCCCACGUCUACCUCAUUGUGCAAGUGCCGGCCAGGAUCAUCAACAUCUCCACGGACGUGUCGGUAAACGAGGGCGAGAACGUCAACCUCUUCUGCCUGGCGGUGGGUCGGCCCGAGCCCACCAUCACCUGGAAAGACCAGAAAUACGGUCUGGUGAGCGAGGGCGAGUUCCUGGACAUCACCGACAUCAAGAGGCAGCAGGCUGAGGACUACGAGUGCAUCACCCACAACGGCGUCGCUCCGCCCGACCAGCACAAGGUCAAGGUCACGGUCAACUACCCGCCCAUGAUCACCGACGUUAAGGACAUGCCGGCCCAUUUCGGAAAGAUGGCCAUCUUGCGCUGCGAGGCCAUGGCGGUCCCGCCCGCCUCCUUCGAGUGGUACCGGGAUGACCACAGGCCCGUGGAGCGCGACAACAACCUGAAGAUCAAGAACGAGAAGACGCGCUCGCUGCUGGUGUUCACCAACGUGACGGAGAAGCACUUUGGCAACUACACCUGCUUCGCCACCAACCGCCUGGGGGCCUCCAACGCCAGCAUGUUGCUCUACCGGCCGGGGGCCAUUCAGGGUCGAGGGGUCGGUCUACAAGCAGGACUCAGCAUCUGGAUCACCCUCUCUUGCGCCCUGAUGCUGGGGGUGUGAGGACCACCCCCACCAUGGAGGUUGUCCUCUAACGUCCCCUUCGACUCCCCUCCCAACCCCCCCUGCCCCCCUCCCCUGAUGAAAGGAGGAGGCAAAUGGAAUUCUUUAAUUACAAACCCAUCACUGUGAACAAAAAGAAUAUGCAUUGAGUCAUUGAGUCAUUGCAUCAAACUGGAGACACCCCCCCCCCCCUCCUCCUCCCCCCUCUUCUUCUUUCUCCGCUCUCUGUCGCCCCCUGCUGGAGUGAGCGCGCACCUUCACCUCCUGUGUGAUGAUGUAACUUAACACGCAUACGAUGUGUACUAAUGUAACUACAGAGUUUGCCUUAUGGAGAUAAAUGUGUGGAAGUGAGAUAGUCAUGUGACCUGUUUAAAGCGACACACACACACACACACACAGUAUAUAUAUAUAUACACACACACAAAUACAUAUAUGGUGUACGUACGGCUUUUUUCCAUUUCAGCGGUGCAGCGGUGAAGCUGCUAUGAAUGAUGUCAAAACGUGCACACUCCCGAAAAAAAAAAAAUAUAAAAAAAAAAAAGUCAAGUCGGCGGUGGCGGCCAUCUUGAACAUCCCCACUUUGACCUUUUUGCUUUGUCUCGUCACCCCCAACCCGAGUGUAAAUAUGUUUUCAAGCCGCGGCGUCUUUCACGCUCUUUGUUGCUCGUUGAUAGCAUGUUAGCGAUGUCUCUGUUUGUGACUCCGACAUCACCCGCCCCCCCCCCCUCCCCCGCCCCCAGCUCCGCCCCCUUGCACUUGUGUCUGUCCCCCCCCCCCCUUUCCCCCAUCCCGCAUUUUCCUUUUUUGGGUGUUGCUACUACUACCGAUGCUGAUGAUGUUCAUACGUGAUUACAUGUGAGAAGAAGAAAAAAGAAAAAAAAUACAUAACAGUGGUGAUGGGACGGGGGUGGGUCGGGUGGGAUUAUGGGUCGUUUUUUUAUACUCUGGGACGCACUAAAAUAACUGACAAAAAAAAAAAAUGGUGUAAAGUUUUCCUAUUUUGCCAUGACGAGCUUUUUAAAAAUAGGUUGGAAACAGUCCAAAGGGAUGAUGAUGAUUAUUAUUAUUAUUAUUAAUUUGUAAAACUGCAUCUUUUUGUGCCAUCAGCCCACCCUCUCUCUAUACAGCGUGUUUGUCCUCUUGUCUCGGCAUCUUUGUCUGACGUUUAAUGGGAUUCAACGGAGAAAUAAAAGAUGUAAUAACUAUUAAAGAAAUGACUGGCCAGUGGUGUAUAUUAGAGGUGUCAAUAAAAAUCGAUUUUUGAUUGAAUCGUGAUUUUUUUUUUACUUUUAUUUUUAUUUUUUUCAAUUAAUCCAUCCAACAAAACAAUACCAUAAUAAUGCAAUUCCAAUUCCAAAACUAAACCCGACCCAGCAACAUUCAGAAUAGCAAUAAAACAGAGCAGUUGAGAGGACACACAAACAUGACACUAGCUCUACUUUUUAUUUUUAUUUAUAUUUAGGAUCUUUUUAUUUAUUUUUUUUAAUACACUGCAGCACUUUGAGGUUGUUUGCUCAAUGUAAAGUGCUUUUUUUUUUUUACAA